AUGAGCGAUAUCGCCUUUGAGCGGGUCACCAUUCCCACAUCGGCAGGCUCGGCAUGUAUGAGCGUGGCACUGCGUCGUCAGCCCUUCAAUCCUCGACGCCCGCUCCUCGUAUUCCUGCACGGCCUUGUCCAGCCUGUCUCGAGCUUUCUCCCAGCUGUCGACCAAUUCCUCACCACUCUCGAGGACGGCAGCGAUGAGCUUGACUUGCUGCUUUACGAUCGCUUUGGUGCUGGACAGAGCGAUAAGGACCCGCGACAAGGAGUGCAUACAUUGCCUCUCGUCGUUGAAGAUCUACGCAACUUGCUGAGGCAUUGCUUGGGAAGCGAAGAGGAGGUCGACCCUACGCCAAUGAUCUUUGUCGUUCACUCCAUCGGUGGAGCCAUCGUCCGCUAUUACGCGCAGCAGUACCCCUCCGCCAGCAUCGAGGGCAUCCUUUUCCUCGACCCCAUGAUUGCAUCGACUGACUUUGUUUCCAUCUAUCAGCCGCGGGAUGGAGAGCAACCCUCUCAGGAGGAGCUGGACGAGCUCAAGCAAGCCCGGGAAAUCUCGAGACGCAUCUUCCACCCAUCCCUACCCAACGCUGAAGGCUUUGAUCGCAGCACUGUGGCUUCGCUGCUCCCGAGAGACGACGAGCCCAAGCUAGCAUCAAAGACACGUCAGCCCUGUGUCAUCGUUGUGGCGCAUGACCGCAAUGUCAAUGUAAGGGAUAUGGAGCGCAAGCUGGGAAUGCCGCAAAGGGCGACGCGCAACUACCUCGAGCCUCGGUGGGAGCAGGUGAGCAUGCGAAGCAGUGGCGGGUGA